AAAAACGAUUGCUUACCAUUUCUUUCUUACAUUCCCAGCCUCUUCUUCAAAGCUCCAACCUCCAAUCCAUUCCAACACUUUCAUCCAAAGUCCAAACCCCUCCUAAAACUGCACCACAACGUUUCCCCAUUUUUCUUUUCUGUAUUACAAAAAUUUUCUACAACUCCUAUUGGCUUUUGGGAUUUCUUUUCCACUGGCUAUCACCUAUAAAUAUGCUCUUAUAUCACCAUAUCUAAUGAAUCACCAAUUUCCAAAAUUUCCUCACUUUUCUUCUACCCUUUCUCACCGCAACAUCUCGUGAUUCUCACGGCACAAGAAAGUUAAUUUUCCACGCACUUGAAUUAAAUUUAUGUAUGAAGAGAAAUCGACAAUCAAUCUAUCAAUCAAUCAAUUCCUAAGGACAAUCGCCUGACGAAUUCAAUUUCCUCGUGAAUUGUAAUUUCGUAACUUCAUUUUGUUGAUUUUGCAUCUUUUUUGGGGCUUUUGUAAUUGUUUUUACCCUAAACUGUUGUUUCUUGAUCCGAUUCACCUUUGAUCUUUGUAAGUUGACGGAUUUUGAUGCAUAUAUGCUGUAUUUGUGGGUUGAUUAGCUAGAAAAGGAAGGAUCUUUGUGAUCUAUUGAGGUGGGUUCAGAUUAGGGUUUGUGUUGGUCGGGAUGGGCUGUUUAUGAAUUGGGGUUCUUUGUUUUAAUAUUUGAUAUUUGUUAUUGGGAUUAAAAAUUUGGUGGACUUAUUUCUGUUCCCAUUUAAAUGCACCUUAACAAGCUUCUGAAGGUCUUGCUAUUUUUCUUAGGGUAUUUAACCAUAAGGAAUUCACAGGGAAAAUCAGAUAAUGAGUUUGUGGUUUGCUGGUAUCUGCCUUCAUGAUUGUUGUUGUCGUAGAAUUAUCUUUUGGUGCGAAGCAUUUUACUGCUCUGGGUAAAAUAAUUUUGCCAUUAGGGGUCUGGAUUUGGAGUGUUAGUUCACAUCAUGUCCUGUUUCGUUGCCUCUGUGUUUUUUUUUUUGUUAAGGUUACCUCCCUGUAGUUUAUUAGUCCUUACGAUAUACUUUGCCUUAUGGAACCAACAUUUCUUCAGAAUUCUGGCUCCUAUUGAUGCUUCAUAACGUCAAGGUAUUUGAUUAUUUGCUUACGAGGUUGGUAUGAACUAGAGGUGCAUGCUUUUUAGAGUAUACCGAAUGCAAAUUAAGUGCAAUCCAGUCACAAUUGAUAUGUGGGCUUUUCUUUGUCCGGUUUUGAAACUUUUCCAGCUGAAUUUUUGGUUAAAUUUUGGCUUGUUUUCUAUCAGAAAGAUUCUGCAGCGUUCUAGUUUAUUUUAAGUUGUUUGUUGUAACUGGAGGUUACGCACAUGACUCUUUUGUGUUCCACCAUAUAAAUGCAGGUUUUUAGGACUGCCUUGGUGACUGUGGCUCAAGAUAUAGGCAAUAUUUCUUUGUGUGAGGCUGUGUAACUUGAAGAAUUCUAAGACUGCAUUACUGAAUUAUAUUUCAUAAAUGCUCGUGAAGGGUUGCCAACAAUUAUUCUAAAAGUCGCAUAAAGAAUCUUUUACUUUUGAUUUGCUAACUCUGAUCAGUUUCAUAAGAAUCAGAAGCUACCAGCAAAGAAAAACUCAGUGCCUUUACUUGCAACCUAUUCCAGUGAACGUAGAUGGCUAGUAGAAAAAGAAGCAUUUCAAAUGAUGCAGAUAUGCAUGCCCUCUAUAAGGAAUGGGAUGAAGCUUCAUGCCCCAUAUGCAUGGAUCACCCACAUAAUGCAGUUCUUCUGUUGUGCAGUUCCCAUGAUAAGGGCUGCAGAUCCUAUAUUUGUGACACAAGUUAUAGGCACUCAAAUUGCCUUGACCGUUUUAGGAAACUUAGAGAUGAAGAUACUUCACCUAGUUUGAACCCCACAAACCAGCAUGAUAUGGUUAGCACAUCUAAUGGGAACUUGGGGUCGAGAAGUUCAGGUGACCAGACUGAAGCUCAAGGAGAUCGUGGUGAUGUAACAGUUGUUGGCUCGGUAGCAACUGAAGAAUUGGGAGAAAAUAGUUCUCAAGUCGUGGAUAAUAACUUGGAGAUGCAAGAAGAAACAAUACAACUCAGGGAUUCUACGUCUUCAUGGGAAGGUGUUGGGUUGGAAGAGAACAAUAUGGGGAAUUCUUUUGAAACUACUGCAAACUUGAGAUGCCCUUUAUGUCGUGGAAGUGUAUUGGGUUGGAAGGUCGUGGAGGAGGCAAGAAGAUACCUCAAUCUAAAGCAUCGAAGUUGCUCUCGUGAAUCAUGUUCAUUCUCUGGUAAUUAUAGGGAACUGCGUAGACAUGCAAGAAGAGUUCACCCAACUGUUCGCCCUGCUGACAUUGAUCCAUCAAGACAGAGAGCCUGGCGGCGCCUUCAAGACCAGAGAGAGUACGAUGAUAUAGUCAGUGCCAUACGCUCUGCGAUGCCAGGCGCCAUUGUACUUGGGGAUUAUGUAAUUGAAAAUGGAGAUAGGUUCUCAGGCGAGGGGGGCGGCAGGUUGUUGAGUACUUUCUUGUUGUUUCAGAUGAUUGGCUCAGUGGAUUCUGAAGCUGAGCUGAGGGGUGGCAGAUCAAGGCCAUUGUCAAGGCACCGGCGCUCUUCUGGAGCUUUCUCUAGGCGCCGCUUUCUUUGGGGGGAGAACCUUUUAGGUCUGCAACAUGAUGAAGAUGAUGAUGAAGAUGAUCAGGAAGAUGAACCUGAGCUAAAUGUGUUAAGUGAUAGUGGUGAGGAUGUUUCUUUAAACCCCAGGAGGCGUAGGCGGUUGACACGUUCAAGGGCUAACGAAGAUCGUCAAUGAUGCUUGCUAUAAUUACUCAGCACGGAUAGUUCUUCCGUGGGUGGGAAAGAUUUUCCAUUUAAAGGGGAGGUCGUUCUGGUUUUUGUCAUAGUGUUCGGUGCCAGCACAGAUUGGCUUCAAAUGAAGAUAGAUACUGGAUUGGGGAGCUGAGAACUAUGGCUUGAAAAUCCAUCAGCUUUAGGGCAAAUAAUCAAUGAGCAGGGGCAUGCUUACCAAAGAUAAUCGGCUUACACUGCCGAUUUGAUGCAAGGUGCAGGUUGAUUUUGGAAAACUUCAAUUCAAAUCGACUUGUUUUGAAUGUCUUCCACUCACAUGUAUAUUUCCAUUUGCAUAUGAGAACGAGCUAUUUGAUUAUUUGGGUGUUCUGUUAUAUUUGAUUUUAUAUUUAUUAGGAUUUCUUUUGUCUGAUGCCCUCUACCUGGGGUUCCUGGAAUUUCAGUCUCAUGUCAUUCCACAGCUCAUUUAUUUAUUCCAGAGUCUUUUUUGUACAAAAUGUUAAAAUUGCCCUUUUCAAGUUUAAAUGCAAUUUGGAGUUGGGAGA